AUGGACAUCUUGGCUUGCAGAUCCGAAGAGAACAGUUACAAUAUCCUCCCUUCUGCGGCGACGAUGCUCUUCCAUGGCCUCCCUGGAGGCGACGUGCACGGUGUGGUGGAAGAAAUGGACCGGAGAGGAAAGAGCGAGUCAGCAGCCAUCAGCUCAGCCAUCGAUAUGGGGGAGUCAGAGACGUCCAUGCCGUGUCUGAGCAGCGAGCGCGUCGCUCUGUGCGCGGGCUGCGGCAGGAAGAUCUCGGACCGGUACUACCUGCUGGCCGUGGACAAACAGUGGCACAUGCGCUGCCUCAAGUGCUGCGAGUGUAAACUCAACCUGGAGUCUGAGCUCACCUGCUUCAGCAAGGACGGCAGCAUCUACUGCAAAGAGGACUACUACAGAAGAUUUUCGGUGCAGAGGUGCGCCCGGUGCCACCUGGGGAUCUCAGCCUCGGAGAUGGUGAUGCGAGCCCGGGACCUUGUCUACCACCUGAACUGUUUCACGUGCAGCACGUGCAGCAAGAUGCUGACCACCGGGGACCACUUCGGCAUGAAGGACAGUCUGGUGUACUGUCGGCUGCACUUUGAGACUCUCAUCCAGGGAGAAUAUCAGACUCACUUUAACCACGCAGACGUGGUGCCGCAUAAAGGCCUGGGCCCGGCCAACACGCUCGGACUAUCCUACUUCAACGGCGUGGGGACCGUGCAGAAGGGCCGGCCGAGGAAGAGGAAGAGCCCGGGGCCUGGAGCCGAGCUGGCGGCUUACAAUGCGGCUCUGAGCUGCAACGAGAACGACGGCGAGUCCAUGGACCGGGACUCUCAGUACAGCUCCAGUCAGAAGACGAAGCGCAUGCGGACGUCCUUCAAGCACCACCAGCUCAGGACCAUGAAGUCCUACUUCGCCAUCAACCACAACCCAGACGCCAAGGACCUCAAGCAGCUCGCCCAGAAGACCGGCCUCACCAAGCGGGUCCUACAGGUCUGGUUCCAGAACGCUCGGGCCAAGUUCAGGAGGAACUUGCUGCGACAGGAGAGCACAGGGGUGGACAAGGCAUCUGACGGCUCAACGCUGCAGGGCGGGACGCCGUCGGGCCCGGCUUCCGAGAUCUCCAACGCCUCCAUGAGCCCCUCCAGCACCCCCACCACACUGACAGACUUAACCAACCCUACCAUGCCCACCGUCACCUCCGUGCUUACCUCAGUGCCGGGCGGCAUAGAUGUACACGAGUGCCGGAGCCCAUCACAGACCACACUGACCAGCCUCUUCUGAUCCAUAACCCCCCCUUCCCCUCU